AUGAAGGAAAAUAGAAUAUAAUUAAAAUAAUUUAUAAAUUUCAGAUUUCGAAAUAUAUGGAACCUUAGGUUUAUAUUUUUAAAAAAUAAGAAAAAAAAAUAUAAUUUAUAUUUUUUUAUUUUUUUUAAAAAAAAGGUAACUGGGACAUUUGGCAGAGUAAGAUAAGUAAAAAGAAAAGGAGAUACAAAUAAAUAAUUUUAUGCUUUAAAAAUGUUAAAAAAGACCGAAAUAGUUCGUCUAGUAUAAGUGGAGCAUAUAAAUUCUGAAAAAAACAUACUUUCAAGUAUUAAAUUCCCAUUUAUUGUAGAUAUGACAUCCACAUUUUAAGAUGAAAAAUACAUAUAUAUGUUAUUUGAAUAUGUCCAAGGAGGUGAAUUAUUUACUCGUUUAAGAAAAGAAGGUAGAUUUGCAAAUGACGUAUGUUUAUUUUACUCUUGCUAAAUAUUAAUAUCUCUAUAAUAUUUAUAAUAAAACGACAUUGUAUAUAGAGAUUUGAAGCCCGAAAAUCUUCUAAUAGAUAAGGAAGGAAAUAUAAAAAUUACAGACUUCGGAUUUGCCAAAAAAUUAGAAAAUGAUAGAACUUUUACGCUUUGCGGUACACCGGAAUAUUUAGCUCCAGAAAUAAUAAAGGGAACAAAAAUUGGAUAUGGAAAAUCAGUAGAUUGGUGGGCUUUGGGAAUACUGAUUUUUGAAAUGCUAAGUGGAUAUCCACCAUUUUAUGAUAAUGAACCUAUAGGUAUAUAUAAGAAAAUUAUUGCAGGAAUUAUUGAGUUUCCAAGAUUUUUUGAUAAUAAAGCAAAAGAUUUAAUUAGGAAAUUAUUAAAUCCAGAACUUAAUUAUAGAUUGGGUGUUUAAGAUAAAGGAAAAAGUAUAUCAAAACAUAAAUGGUUUAAAGGAGUAGAUUGGGAAUGCGUUUAUUAAAAAGAUAUUACUCCACCAUGGAUUCCAUUUUUAAGAAAUGAAUAAGAUGACUCGUGUUUUGAAAAAUAUCCAGAUUCAAGAGAAAGUGCUUAAUCUUUAUCUGAAGAUUUAUAAUAUUUAUUUGAAGAUUUUUGA